AUGUCUCAGGUCUUCUUGUCCUCCCUACUCCUCCCUCCUAUCCCUCUUCCCUCUCUCUCCCUCCUCUGGCCCUCUACUCAUAUCCCUCCUCCUCCCCGCCCUUCUUGCCUCCCCUCCCCUCCCCUCCCCUCUCUGUUCUCCUCUCCUCCCUCCUCAUCAACCGGUCUCAUUCCCCUGACGUCCCUGCAGGAUCUGGACAAGAAGCUCAAAGAGAACAAGGAGCUCACUGACCGCGUCGAGCAGCUCUCAGCGUUCAAGGAGCGAGCAGAGAAGGCGGAGGCAGCGCUGGAGGAGAAAGAGAAGACGCUCAAGGAGCUGGAGGGAGAGUACAAGAAGGAGGUCGCCCUCCGCAAGAAAUAUUACAACCAGAUCGAGGACAUGAAAGGAAAGAUCAGAGUCUACGCUCGUUGCCGCCCCUUCGCCAAGUAUGAGAUCGAGAAGCCCAUUCCCUCUCUCUCCUUCCCUCCCUCCCUCCCCUCCCUUCCCCUCCCUUCCCAUGUUCUGCCGUGCUCCUCGCCCUCUACAUUGCUUCUUGCUCGCUGUCUCCCACUUAUCUUCGAGGGCGUCUCCUACCUCGUUCAGUCGGCGGUGGACGGCUACAACGUCUGCAUCUUCGCCUACGGGCAGACGGGGUCAGGCAAGACGUUCACCAUGUACGGCAAGAAGGAUGACGAUAACCUCCGCGGCAUUGCUCCUCGAGCGAUGAAGGAGUUGUAUGAAAUUGUGGAGCGAGACAGCCAACAUUAUGAGUUCGAGGUCUCAUGCUACAUGCUUGAGCUCUACAACGAUCAACUGAUCGACCUGCUGGUCGACAAGAAAGCCAAACCUGUCAAGCUCGACAUCAAGUUGGAUGCCAAGGGGAUUGUAGUUGUGAGUGGCGCAAAUGUGAAGGGACCCUGUCGGACAUACGAAGAACUAUCAGCAUGGAACGAGUACGGCAUGAACCAACGGCAUGUCGCGGCGACGUCGAUGAACGCUGAGAGCUCCCGAUCGCAUCUUGUCUUCAGCGUUCUGAUCCAAUCGAAGAACUUGCAGACUGGAGUCGUGAGCUUCGGAAAGCUCACGCUCGUUGACUUGGCCGGUUCUGAACGACAGAGCAAGACAGGAGCAACAGGUGACCGCCUGAAAGAAGCAAAAUCCAUCAACAUGUCACUGUCUGCACUGGGAGAUGUGAUCUCUGCUCUGUCUCAGGGGGAGAAGUUCGUGCCUUACAGGAACAACCUCUUGACGAGGCUGCUCCAGGACGGUAUUGGUGGCAAUGCGAAGACUCUGAUGUUUGUCAACAUCUCACCGUCCGACUACAACUCGGAGGAAACUACAACAUCCCUUCAGUACGCAUCGCGAGUGAAGUUGAUCACAAACGACGCGAGCAAAGCACAAGAAUCUGCAGAGAUUCAGGUGAGGGAGGAGGAGACGACAGGCAGGAGAGUGGUGGGAGGAAGUUAG